AGCCCCACGUCCUCACGCUCCCUGGCGUCACCAACGCAAACGUCCGUUGCGCUUGCUCUCAGGGGGCGUCGACUUGUGCGGACGGAGUGCGCAUGCUCGCCAGGAUAGCGCUCGAUAAAGGCAGGGCGGUGUCUGGCUUUUCCGCAGGCUCAGUUAUGGCUUCCAGUGUGGUUAGUCACCCGGUCCGAGACAGGCUGAACUGAUCUGGGGAGCCGCGAAGGGCCUGCCUUGACCAAGGGACGUAACGCAGAUACUGCGGGUGGUGUUUGAAGAUGGCCCUGAACAAUGUGUCCCUGUCCGCCGGUGAUCAGAGGAGCAGGGUGGCCCACGGCUCUUCCCACAGCGACCUCAGACCGCGGGCGUCAGCGUUGGCAAUGGUCUCUGGAGACGGCUUCCUCCUCGUUUCCAGGCCUGAAGCGAUUCAUCUAGGACCUCGGCAGGCUUUGCAACCAAACGUUCGUGCCGAGAGCCGUCGAGUGAAUGGUGGCGGCCGGAGCCCAACCCGCUUUAUAAACGGAAGGGAACCGGAUGGCCGGGGCCGGAGCCGCCAGGCCAGAUUCUCACCUUACCCUGGCGUUGAACCCGACCUCCUAAGAAGUGUGCUGCAACAGCGUUUGAUUGCAUUAGGAGGUGUCAUCGCGGCUCGAAUUUCAGUUUAAACGACCGCCUUUCCUCCUUUCCUCUGGCCCUCACUUACCUUGUGAACAGGCCUUUUUAAAAUCCUUUCUUGGUGUAGCAGCAAUCUUGUUGUCUUAUUUUUAGAUGAAUGUAUUUUCAUUUAAUACGUAGGAGUUAUAUGAAUAUAUCCUAGCACCAACGGAAGUGUAACAGUUAAUUGAUUUAGGUGGUUUUAUGCAGCCAGAAUGAUUGGAUCAGGAAAGGGGUGGAAGGGAUAUUCUUAGGUCGUCACAAAGCUGAGCUGAUGGGAUCACCCUCCCCAGAGGUCAACAAUCCAUUCGUUAACUCAGACACUACCUUUACUUCUGUUGGCGAAAAAGUACUCCUUUUUAUUACAGUGAUUUAUCCUUCCAUCUUUUCCUUGACAUUUACCAUCUUCCAUCUCUCCCUUCACUUUUUUCAGAUGUGUCUACAAACAAACAACAAUCUCAGUCGCACUAAAAAUAAGAACAAAACCUAAACCUUACUGUUCUUUCCAAUUAUUAACUCAGUUUACAUUCCUUUCUUUGGCAAAGGUUGCAAAUUUUUACUUUAUAUUUGUAAUUUUACUAUUUGCAUUCAGUCCCAGCGCCUUAAUCUGAAUCUGCUGUCCUAAAGUACACUGGUGAAAACAUUAGUUGUACAAUCUCCAAUCAGAAAACCGUUCAUCUCACUGUAGUGCCCUCCUUGAAAUUUGUGUUUACUCAUUAAACUGACAAUAUUUGGGGAUCCCUGUAGUAAACACCGUGUAUGAACUUUACACAGUCUGGCCAUCAAGAAAGAUCACGGAGAUGGGGAGGCUACUAAGUGAAUAGGAAUCACCACACUGGGCUGUGUAAAGAUAAGUACUGGUUGCAGUGGCUUUUUUUUUUUUCCUUCAUAAUACUGCGCUGUCCUGGUUCUUCUCUUACCUGGCUGAUCACUCCUUAUUUGCUGAUAUUUUUGUUCUCUUAAGCAUCCAUUUCCCAAUGUUUAAAGGGUGGUAUUGUGAGAAAGUUACUGGGUUUUGUAAGUGCCAGCUCUUCAUAUAAGCAGGUAGACUAGCUUUUUCCCAGCAGACGCUUGUCUGUUUAGACUUCCUUAAAAUAAUUAUGUUCAAAUAAGGCAAAAUCUCCAUACACCACAUAGUAUUGAAUUGUUAGAACUACAUGUUAAGAAUGUUGAGUCAAUAAGAUAGCUUCCAUAAGAGGGUGAAUUAAUGUAGUGAGAAUUCUAGAAACCAGAUCAUAGGAAGAGUGAUUAAAAGAAUAGUAAUAGCUACCUUUUAUUGAGUGCUAUGUGCAAGUCAGUGUGCUAGGACUUUUCUUGUUUAUAGAGAUAUUUAUUGAGAACUUACUCUGUACCUGCUACUGCCUGCAGUAAGCACUUAGAAUGAAGUGAUAAACAUGAUAAA